AUGCCUAUUCCCAAGAAAACACAACGAAUGGUUCUGGCCGGAGCCGUAACGGCAAUCACCAUUGCGGGGUCCCUCUACGGUGCCGGGCUCAAGACGAACCAAGAGGUAGCCCAGACAGCGCAGAAAACCCGCGAAAUAACCCUAGACGAGCGAAUUGCGGAUCUUCGGCAAACACGCCAGAACUUGAUGUUGAAGAGGGAGCUCGUUGAAAAGCAGAUCCGGGACCUUGACAUGCGGGUCGAAGACAGAAAGCAAAAGGGCAUUGGUGGGCAAUCAAAAUAG